CCUUAUAAAGUAUAGUAAAUAUUUGGCACAAUAGUAUACUGUUUCAUUAGUCUAUUAAUGGCAACAGUCAUAGUAAGCUUAUACAAAUUAAUUAAACGACUAAAACAAGCGUCACGCAGUCUCUGCAGGAAAAGUCAGGCUGCUAAAUCGAGCAAAGACUAAUCGCUCAUCUGCUAUUCUUCGGCCCAACUAAGAAGAGCAAACUCCGGCACGUAUGCAUCUUUACGUCGUUAAAAUUAACAGCUUUUUUAUUUUCCCGGUAGUUAUUUGAAUAUAAACGUGAGGCAGGACUGGAGACUGUUGUUCAUAAGCGGCAGCAAUGAACGGAAGAAAUAUACGCUAUCAGUUUAUUAGCUUGCUAGCUAGCUGUGUCUGAUUGCUAAUGUGGUGCUAACGCACAAGCAUUUGGCUUCACAGUGUUAUUUGUUACUGAGGCGUUGCUGCAGUUUGUAACGUAUCUUUAAGAUAUCCAGUUACGUAAAACAUGAUGUGUUGUAGCUAAUAUACCUGUUUACUUAGUCGGUGGACUAAGGUCGCUGAUAAAUAAGUUUAUAUGUAGUUGUGAGUGUUGACACUACACAGUGUAGCCUGGUAACUUAACGUUACUGUUUGCUACCUAUGUGUACAGUUACCCUGCUAGCCACGUAAACUGCUUCUCCUUGGUGUUGACGUAGCAACAGCCGCUUGCCUGUCCUGUCAAGCUAGUUCUAAUUUAUAUAAAUUAGGAGCACCAAGUCAUUGACAGUCUGCCCAAUAAACCAAGACAUAAACCAAGACUCGAAGUCCACCGAGGACAUGUAAAAUUGUGACUAAAAAUGCUGUAGCUGGACUUGAACGUGUGGCUCGUUGGGUUCCUGGUCCUGUUGCAUUGAGCGGAUGAUGAAGCGGGUCAUCUGGCUGAUAUCAGGAUUAAACAGAAGAAUGAUGAAGCUACUUUUUGCCCUCGCUUUGAUCGCCUACAUUGCCUCUGUCUGGGGAACAUAUACGAACAUGAGAUCAAUACAAGAACACGGAGAAAUGAAGAUUGAGCAGAGGAUUGAUGAAGCUGUGGCUCCUCUCCGAGAGAAGAUUCGUGAUCUGGAACAAAGUUUUUCUCAGAAAUACCCACCCGUGAAAUUCUUGUCAGAAAAGGAUCGGAAGAGAAUUUUGAUCACUGGUGGGGCUGGUUUUGUUGGUUCCCACCUGACUGACAAGCUGAUGAUGGAUGGCCAUGAGGUGACCGUGGUGGACAACUUCUUCACAGGAAGGAAAAGGAAUGUGGAGCACUGGAUUGGCCACGAAAACUUUGAGCUCAUCAAUCAUGAUGUGGUGGAGCCUCUCUAUAUUGAGGUGGAUCAGAUCUAUCACCUGGCGUCUCCAGCCUCCCCUCCCAACUACAUGUACAAUCCCAUCAAAACACUCAAGACCAAUACCAUUGGCACUCUUAACAUGCUUGGUUUGGCCAAACGUGUGGGCGCCAGACUUCUCCUGGCUUCUACUUCUGAGGUUUAUGGAGAUCCAGAGGUACACCCACAAAAUGAGGAGUACUGGGGGCACGUGAAUCCAAUUGGUCCUCGUGCAUGCUACGAUGAGGGGAAGCGUGUAGCAGAGACCAUGUGUUAUGCCUACAUGAAACAGGAAGGAGUAGAGGUGAGGGUAGCGAGAAUCUUCAACACGUUUGGCUCCCGAAUGCACAUGAACGAUGGACGCGUUGUCAGCAACUUCAUCCUGCAGGCUUUACAGGGGGAACCUCUCACUGUGUAUGGUUCUGGUUCCCAAACAAGAGCCUUUCAGUAUGUAAGCGAUCUGGUCAAUGGCCUGGUGUUGUUGAUGAACAGUAACAUCAGCAGUCCAGUCAAUCUGGGUAACCCAGAGGAACACACCAUAUUGGAGUUUGCUCGUCUCAUCAAAAGUCUAGUCGUGAGCCAAAGUCAGAUCCAGUUCCUUCCAGAGGCACAGGACGACCCACAGAGGAGAAGACCUGACAUCCGAAAAGCCAAGAUGAUGCUGGGCUGGGAGCCGGUGGUGCCCCUGGAGGAAGGCUUGAACAAAACUAUCCAGUACUUCAGCAGGGAACUCGAGCACCAGGCCAACAACCAGUACAUCCCCAAACCUAAAGCCGCCCGCAUGAAGAAAGGACGACCCAGACACAACUGAGGUCGGGAUUCCAACCACAGACUCCCAAAACACCGAAGGAUUUAAGACUCCUCACAGGACCCUUGAAGAGCAACAAUUUUCUAAAACAUAUUGUUGAAUAUCUUUUAGAUUUUUUUUUUUUUUUUGAGAAGUAGAGAAAAACUUUCUCUUUGGAAAAUGUUGUGUUGCCUUGCGUUGGAGCAACACUACGGGAUAAGGGCUUUCCAUACAGGAGCUUGCGUGUUGGAUGGACAAGCUUGGAUCAAAAACAGAUUUUUUGGGGUGAAUUUGUGAUUUUCGUUUUAAAUUGCAGACAUAAGAAUCUUGCAAACAUCUUGCACUGUCCGUCAGUGCUUUGUGUUUAUUUAACCAGUUUCAUGGUGUUUUGUCUGCAGAGGUAAGCUACCUGACUACUUCCACUGGAUGUUUUGUCUUAUCAGUGGCGUCCUGUUCACGCGGCUCACUGCAGGACUGGGCAACUCCUGUAGAAAGACUGUUGCACCAUUAUAAGGUGUUCAUCAGAACAUUAUCGUGUUCUACUUUGUGAAAAAUCUCAUGUCAGGAUAUGCAUUAUCAGAUAAAGAUGCUAUUUUUUUUUUAAAUGUUUCCAAUAUAUUUUGUGUGUGUAUGUGUGAGAGACCGACAGAGAGUGAGACUUAAGGAGUUGUGCGUGACACGUUUCUACAAUUGUUUAGUAGAAGGAAAAAGCAGGGGCCUUUAAUAUGAAGCUACUUUUUUUUUUUUUUACAAUAAUCAAAUGAUAAGAGACAUUAUAUAACAUGAUAUUUCAUACAAAUCAGCUGCUUCAAAACAUUACUC